UCCUAGGCGCGGGCCCGCGUGUGGAGUUGGCUUAGGCGUCACUCUGCGAACAUUAGCUGUCGGAGCGCAAUCGCUGGCCGUCGACUGUUUACGUCAUUGUUUCUGCGUGUCCAAUGUUUUUUGCGCAUUGUAUUUCACACAAACCGAUGUUCCAUAAUGUAGAACAUGUCAGCCAAGAGCACGUCCAAUUCCCUGUGAAUCCAACUUGAAACGCCACAAACCUGCUUUCCGACACGCGCUGCUUGCGCUUGUGGCAUAUCUAGCUUUCAUAGAUAAGGUGUUUAGGGGAUGCGGCACCCGGCGCUGCGGCGCCGCGGCGCUGCGGUCUUGGCGAUUAGGGUUCGGGGGGAGAUCGGCCGGCUGCGGGGCGGAAGGCGCGUCCUGGCGUCAGAACAUGGCUUGAGACCAUGGCGUAGCGGCUUGUGGCCUGGAGACUGGUUGGGCAGCGCCGUAAGGUUCGGCCGACGUCCUGCCCAGCUUGUGGCGUUGCCUCGCGGCGGCCGUGAGCUCCUAGCGCUCUGGUCUCUCCGCCUCCUCCGCCGCCCGAGGACGUUGUCCAGCCCCCUGACUGUCCGGCUAUGCUGUGCAUGCCAAGCUGACCCGGGUGCGGCAGCUGUGGGAGCGCUGCGGCGGCUGGCUGGUGCUGGUGGAGCCGGGCAAACCCAAGGGCUUUGGAGACCUGGCGGUGGCGAGGGAGCUGCUGCUAGCGCUGGAGGAGUCGGGAAUGGAAUGGGCAGCGGCCUUGCAAGGGGCAAGCAGCGCUGCGCCUCGGGACCCCAGAGGAGGGGCAGGUGGACAGCGCGGUGGGCGUUGUGCCCGACGGCAACAUCAGCAAGCCGGCGGGGUCGGUUGCGAGGCAGCACCGCCCAUGCCUGGACGCCGCGCUGACCCAGAUGGCCAUGUCGCUGGUGCCCUUGGGCUCAGCCGCGCUGUUGGCGCCGGCCGCUGAGGCCCUGCGUGCGGUGCUGCUGCAGGCCAGUCGGCCGGGCACACAUGCAGUGGACGGAUCGGCCCCAGACAAGGGGAGCUUGACCGUAGGCCUGCGUCUGGCUGUGCACCAUGUCUGGCUGUUCACCCCACCAAGCCGGCCCCGCGCUUCUGAGCACCCUCACCCGCCCACCCUCACUCGCCCAUCCUCAACACCGCUCCUGGCCCUUGCUGUCCGCGAGGUCCGAGGGAGUGGCGGCAGCUGUGCGGGCGGCCCUGCCUGCUGGCGAGCGGGGCGACCGACUGCGCGGCGCGGCACGAGGCGUGAGGGCGGCGGGCGCCCGACCGACUCCCCACAGCUGCGCGCGCUGGCAGGCAGGGAGGUUGCUGGGCGAGCAAGCUAGCUGUGCAGGAGUGCGCAUGCGGUAUUGGAGUCUGAGGCGCGCUGGGGCGGCGCGGCGCCUGCGCUCGAGCUGGAGCUGGAGCUCCAUCUGUGGACUAGCUUUGCAAGAUGUCCAUGCUGCUCCAGUCCGCGCUGGCUGUGGCCGUCCAGGCGCAGUCGGCGGUGCCGGUUCCCUUCCUGGACAGGG